AUGAAUCAGCUCCUGACACUUCUUGCGGUGGCCGGCACGGCCUACGCUACAUCUCUGAGCAGUGCCUGCACAACCUCGCGCAUCCGCGAGUCGCUGCCCGAUGAUGGCUAUCUUCUGGGUGUCACCUUUGACAGAGACUCGGUCACAGCCAACGCGGUUUACAAUUCCUCUCACUCAGGCGAGGUGUUCUUCCCUGACGCUACUAUCAAUUUCUGCAACGUCACUUUCUCUUACACCCACACCGGCUCAGGCCAGAACGUCAUUGUCGGCUACUAUAUGCCCGCGCCCGACGAUUUCAAGAGCCGCUUCCUUGCAACUGGAGGUGGUGCUUAUGCCAUUCAAUCUGGCUCAAUGUCUGCCCCUGGUGGUGUGAUGUACGGUGCCGUGUCUGGUUUCACCGAUGGAGGAUUCGGUAGUAUGGACAACGAUUUCGACGACGUUUUCCUGCUCAGCAACGGUACGAUCAACUGGCCUUCGGUGUACAUGUUUGGUUACCAAGCUAUCAAGGAGAUGACUAUCAUUGGUAAGCAGUUUACCAAGAACUUCUACGAUGUCUCCAACAGCAGCAAGAUCUAUACCUACUACCAGGGUUGCUCUGAGGGUGGUCGUGAGGGAUGGUCUCAGGCCCAGCGCGCUGGUACGGAGUACGAUGGCUUGAUUAUCGGUGCACCAGCCAUUCGCUACGGUCAGCAACAGGCCAACCAUCUGUACUCGAACAUUGUGGAACAGACUCUGGGUUACUACCCCCCACCCUGUGAGCUUGAGAAGAUCGUGAACGAGACUAUCGCCGCCUGCGAUCCCCUGGAUGGCCGCAAGGAUGGCGUGGUAUCGCGAUCUGACCUUUGUCAACUCCAUUUCAACAUGACUUCGAUCAUUGGUAAGCACUACUACUGCGCCGCAUCUACCUCUAGCAGCCUCGGUCUCGGGUUUGGUAAGCGCGCCUCCGACACUGAGCCCGCCCAGAAUGGCACUGUCAGUGCUGAGGCCGUUGCCGUUGCCCAGAAAAUUGUGGAUGGACUCUACGAUUCUCAAGGCCGUCGCGCCUAUAUCUCUUACCAAAUGGGUGCCGCCUUUGAUGAUGCGGCGACCUCUUAUGACUCAGCCACUGGCGAAUGGGGUCUGGACAUUGCUGGCGCUGGUGGCGAAUGGGUUGCCCGUUUCCUAGAGCUAAAAGAUGAAGAUAAUCUGUCGUCCUUGGAGGGCGUGACAUACGACACCCUCGUUGGUUGGAUGAAGCAAGGCAUGACUCGCUACAUGGACUCUCUUCAAACUACCAUCCCCGAUCUGACAGAAUUCUACGAAAACGGUGGCAAGAUCAUCCACUUCCACGGCGAGCAGGAUGAGUCAAUCCCAACUGGAUCUUCUGUGCACUACUAUAAUUCGGUUCGCCAGACUAUGUACUCCGGACAGUCAUACAAUGCUAGCACCAAGGCAUUGCAGGACUGGUAUCGACUCUUCCUGGUCCCUGGAGCUGCUCACUGUGCCCUCAAUGAUGCCCAGCCUAACGGACCCUUUCCCCAGACCAACUUCGAGGUCAUGUCUCUUUGGGUCGAAAAGGGCAUUGUCCCUGAAACAUUGAACGCCACCAUUCUCCAAGGAGAAUAUGAGGGCAACAACGAGCAGCUCUGUGCCUGGCCUCUUCGCCCUUACUGGACCAACAAUGGCAAGAACUUCACCUGCCAGUAUGACCAGGCCUCCAUUGACACCUUUGACUACGACUUCGAUGCCUACAAGCUUCCUCUCUAUUAAGAUUGGUCGGUUGCAAGGCACAUUUUCCCCUUGUUGAUUCCCCUAAUUUUGCGAAAAUGCCACGGACUCUUGGGGAUCUUAGCGUUCUUCAUUGGAAUGUAUCAUCCAUAUACUACAUGCCGUUAGACUACUACUAUAUCUCGAUAUAGAUCGGUCGCAUGCCAGGCUAUUUACUUCUAACA